AUGGAGUCACUUGAAACUACUGCGGCGGCGAGGAGCUCCGAUGAGGGUUAUGAUGGAAAUGUGGUUUCAAAGAGAGAUAUCCCCUCGGAGGAAGCACACGAAGUGGAAACUAAAACUAAAGGAUGGCACCGACAACUGGAGGAAGGUCGGAGCGAAGAAUCGUUUGAAGAUCAGUCCUCAAUCCAUCAAGACUAUGAGGCGAAUCCACUGCAAUCGACUAAACCGUUUCCCAUUGGCAGGCAAAAAGCUGCAUUUUCUACACAAUCACCUGGCCUUGCAUCCCACAGGAAGUCCACCAGUUCACCUGAAGUUCACCAGUGUUCCCAUUCAGCCAUGGACCCGAUUUCCGAGGAGAAGAUGGAGCAGAAACCACAAAAGCCCGGGAAGUAUGUUUGUGAUUAUUGUGGGAGAGCAUGUGCCAAACCGAGCGUCCUGAAGAAACACAUUCGAUCGCACACCGGAGAACGACCCUAUCCGUGCAUCCCCUGCGGAUUCUCCUUCAAAACCAAGAGUAACUUAUACAAACACAGGAAGUCUCACGCUCACGCCGUCAAAGCCGGUUCGAUGUCAGGACUCGCUAGUAUCGAUUCGUUUGAAGGGGAAGGCGAGUUGUUCUCCGAUGCUGAGCAAACAUCAGACUCGGAUGAGGACACUCUUAGCGACCCGUUGCUGCUUCUUGACUCUCCGGCGGAGGCAUCGGAUAACACGGCUGUAAAAGUACUCAAUCUCAUUUCUCAGAAGAAGGGAAUCCAGGAUGUUCCACAAGAAAUCAAUGCCGAGACAAGUCGUUCGAUUCAAUCCAGCGCGAUCAAACAAAGGCUGGCUCUGAGGCUUUCUGAGAAAAGAAGCAGCGAUUCAGAGAAUAAUCUGUCGUUGCCGAGUCAAUCCAGUAAAGGCAGCACGGAUUCGGGAUAUUUCUCUCGUUCAGAAAGCACAGAGCACCAAACCGGGCCUCCGAACACCAACGCCAAAUCCUAUCAGGAAAUAAUGUUCGGGAAAUGCUACAAACCGAGCCCAAAGCAGACGGCCGCCGCUUUUGCCGAGGCGGCGGAAAGACGCUCGGAAAGAGGCGUGUCCCGCGUUUUCACCCAGGAAAAAGACGUGGUCGAGUCGAUUAAAAUAAACACAAAGUCGUUGUUGAGGGAGGACGUUCAGGAACUUCAGUCUGAUGCGUUUCUGAUCAGAAGCAACUCGAUGCCAACGUCUUCCGAUGUGUGUCUGAAUAUGCCUCCCGCACUCAGAGGGAGCCAUUCGUUUGACGAGAGAGCGAGUAUCGGCGGUAUGAGGAGACUCCGGAGACAAGCUGCCUUCGAACACUCGGCAAAUGAAAGCCACGUAGAUGUAGACGGCGGAAAGAUGAUGGAGAGCGGUGUGUCAAUGAUCUCAGGAUUGGAAAUAGAAAGCUGCCCCUCUGGUACGAGCCAUCAGAGACACGCCAUGGAGCUGGCAACGCGGAAACGUCGGAAAGAGAAACGGGAAGAGGAAGAUCUGUCGGGACAAUACGAGGGACGGGAUGAAUGUGAGGAGAUGUUUGACUCAAGUAAAGACUACGAUGUUAAACAAGCUGUGGCUGGCAUUAUGGCGUUAGGACACCCGCAGUUUGACAUAUCAGUGAGUCCGGAAAUGUCUGGUCGUAAAACUUUAGGGAAUGUAAUAUCUGUUAUCCAGCACACAAACUCCAUAAACAGGCCUCACUCUGAACAGUAUCACGCGCUGAGACAGGAAGGGAUUUCAUUUCAAGCGAUGGAGUCGAGUCAAUCGUUGGAGAGGAGCGAUCAGUUGUUUCAAAUCCCCAAAUUGGUGCGGCAACCCAGCAUACAAGUCCCAGAAAUCAGGGUGACGGUGGAGCCCGACAGCCCAGAAAAAGCUCCCGAGGUGAAGGUAAAAGAGCCGGAGAAGGAGGAGUUUCAGUGGCCUCAGAGGAGUGAAACCUUAGCACAAUUCCCUCCGGAGAAACUCCCCCCGAAGAAGAAGAGGCUCCGCUUGGCCGACAUCGAGCACUCCUCCGGGGAAUCUAGUUUUGAGUCGGCGUGUACAAGUCUCUCCCGAAGUCCAAGCCAAGACAGCAACUUAUCUUAUUGCUCCACCUUUUCCUUCGACAGGGAGGAGGUUUUGAAGUCGCCCGCCCGACAAGAUGAGUUUGGAAAACCGUUGGAGCUUCUGGCGGUGCCGGGAAGCGUUCAUAACUUAUCGCUACUCAACCAGAGACAACAACACGAAAUGAGGCGAUCGUCUUCAGAACAAGCGCCUUGUAACUUACGCAAGGAACUACCAGAGGCUCGUAGCAUAUCGUUCGAUUACGGUAGCCUUACGCAAACUUCUAAACUUAGACACGUGGAUUCGAGGGAGAGAAUGAGGGGGGAUUUGGUGAGGCAGGAAUCGUUGAAUAUGGAAACUGAAGUGGGGCAGCAAGGGUUUCACCUCAGCAACACUUUGCCAAUAUUCUCCACCGGGAACACGUUUCCCCAGCUGUCCCAUCCGAGCCUCUUAGUUCCCGUGAGAUUACAAACUCACGUGCCAUCGUACGGCAGCAUCACGUACACGUCAGUAUCACAGAUUUUCGACAAUCAGUACGAAAGCGCCGCCUCUCAGACUCAGAUCUCUCGUGUUUCCAGACAGACGUCGACGGAAGCUCUCGAUUUGUCGUCGGCUAAACUGAAAACGGGCAUUCCUCUUUCUCUGACGUCCAGAACCAUUUCCAUCACCAACGCCUCCAGUGGUGGCGCCAACAAACGGAUGCUUUCGCCCGCCAGCAGCCUGGAUCUUUUCAUGGAGGUGAAGCAGCAGAAACGGGUGAAAGAGGAGCGGAUGUUCGGGCAGAUCGUGGAGGAACUGAGCGCCGUGGAGCUAGGGAAAUGUUACCUGAGCGAAGAGAAGGGGCGAGCGUCAACACCUCAGGUUAUCACACGACUCGAAUCCACGAUGGAAAGCAGCUCGCCUCCGUACGGGAAAGAAAUUGGUGUUGAGAAGCGAGUGGAAUUGGUGGCGAAACUCGUUACCAAUCAAGAUGUUUUGAUCUCCGAGCAUUCAAGAUCGUUUCCGAGUCUUCGCACGACGACAGGGGUUAGCUGGUGUUUCCUGAACCACACAAAGCCGAACUACUUGCACAGCGACGCCCCGUUUUCCUCCGUUUACGCCUCGUGGGGCGUCAGUAGCCACAACCCAAACCCUUUGGAUUUGAACACAAGCGCUGCCUUGGCUCUACUGAGAUCCAAACAGAAAGGAGGCUCUGUUAUCUAUAGCAAGGCAGCCAUUGGUCAACCAGGUGCAGGGAAGUUGGUGUCGUCGCUCCUCAUGUGGAGGCAAACCGUGGAGCAGCUGCAGAGGAAACCGGAGCCCCGAGAGAACGACGCCACUUACGGGAAGAAGGAGAAAGAAAUCAGAGUGAAAUCUGCCAAAGACGAGUGGAAAGAGCGGGAGGCCGUUCAGACGCUGCCAACUCGAAUCAAGAUCUUUGAGGGGGGGUAUAAGUCCAAUGAGGAGUAUGUGUAUGUGCGAGGUCGCGGUCGGGGGAAAUAUAUCUGCGAGGAGUGUGGGAUCCGCUGCAAGAAGCCGAGCAUGUUGAAGAAACACAUCCGAACUCACACUGACGUCCGGCCGUACGUCUGCAGGGUCUGCAACUUCGCCUUCAAGACUAAAGGAAACCUGACUAAACAUAUGAAGUCGAAGGCGCACAUGAAGAAAUGUCUUGAGCUGGGAGUGUCGGUGACGAUGGAUGAUACGGAGAUACUGGAACAGGUGGACGAAUCAAAGACAUCGGUCACCACCAAACACCAGUUCUCAGACGCCGAUGAUUCGGACGGUAUGGACGAAGACGAGAUUGACGAAGAGGACGAAGAGGACGAGGAUUACGACGGCGAUUCGACUCCGAAACUGCGUUCGAGGAGCACGAGUCCUCAAUCGUGUGGUGUCACGUCUUUAUCCGUCACCUCCACCAUCCACGGAUACUCGAAGUCUACGGACGAAGACUCGUUGACGAUGCUUUCUCCGGAUCAAACCAGCUUCCUGUUCGACCCGUACACUUCCUGUCUGCUGUCUCCAGGAUGGGAGUCUCCGAUCAGAGAACCGUCUCCAUCACGUCUUCGUUAUCCGUCCCCGAUGAGGGAACUUUCCCCGAGAGGACGGUCUUCCCCUCGUUGGGAUUCCUCUCCGUUGAGGCCCAGUUCUCCCAGUUUCUCCCCCAUUCAGAGGCCCCUCUCCCCCGGGGAGGCGUCGGCCAGAGGGAGGCAGAGGGUUGUGCUCAGAGCGGUUUCUCCACGCAGAGGAUCACAUCAACAUCAACAUCAACAUCAACACAAGGGGGAGAAGAGCCGAGCGCAGGCCAUCAAGAUGGAGAUGGAGAAAGGACACUUUGAAAUGGAGACGGAUCAGAGGAGCAGCUUGUCGCCCCCCCAAAACCUCCUCAGCCACCUUCCCCUUCACUCCCAGCAUUCAACCCGCUCUCUUCUCCCAUUGGUUCCCAUUGGAGGACACCAGAUGUUACCCUCCACCUCCACACCUCCACCUUCCUCCAGCCCUGACGCCCCCCUCUCCUCGGCCCCGACGACCCCCAGCAGCGAGGGGUCGUUCCUGGGCAUCGAAUCUGCAGUGGAAGACGCUGGAGGAGAAAAUAACCCGGGGAAAAACCCGGAACAGGAAGUACAAACUUGCCUAAACGCCAUCGCCUCGCUGAAGAUCACCACAGAGGAACCUCACUGAGAAACUCAUCUCACUCUCAUCUUUAAAUUUAACCCCCUCAGAGGAUCUUUAUAAACGCCCUCUGGUGUUGCACAUCGCUCCGUUUGACGAGGAGAUUGAAACAGAAGAAGAGGAAGAACUUGAAACAGAAGAAGGAUAACUUGAAACAGAAGGGGAAGAAUAACUUGAAACAGAAGAACUUGAAACAGAAGAAGGACUUGAAACAGAAGAACUUGAAACAAAAGGACU